CCAAUUGGGGUAGCGCUUGUUGCGCGGUGUCAACAUGGCAGCGCUCAGGUGGCUCUAGGGGCAGGGGGCUGGAUGGAGUGAGCCCCGCGGGGCCGGCCGGGGUGAGCGGCUGGGGCAUGAGCUGGCGCAGACAUGGCGAGCGACGGCGGCCGCAAGCAGUUCUGGAAGCGCAGCGCGGCCAAGGUGCCGGGGAGCAUCCAACAUGUGUAUGGAGCUCAGCAUCCACCUUUUGAUCCACUAUUGCAUGGAACCUUGAUAAAACCAGGAUCCAAGGCACCAACAACUCCAGUGAAACUGAAGAAAGUCAGUACCUUCCAAGAAUUUGAAAGUAAUACAAGCGAUGCUUGGGAUGUUGGGGAUGAUGAUGAUGAACUUUUAGCAAUGGCAGCUGAAAAUUUAAAUACUGAUGUGGUCAUGGAAACAGCUCACAAAGUAAUUCAGAAUCACAGCAAGUUACAAGAGCAGCAUAAACUUCAGGAGGAACAGAUACAGGAAGAAAAAUCAGUGCAAACUUCUGGACUUUCUUCAGCUGCCCAUGGUGACAACAGGCUCGUCAAGUCAGUCAGUGAAAGUCAUGCAUCGUGCUCUGCAGAUGGUGCUAGUGAAAAUUCUUCCAUGCAGAGAUCCCAGUCCCUUCCCCAUGAUUCCACAGUACUGCCGGUGGGUGGAAUGACAGACUAUAGAAUAUCAACUACUCCUGCACUAACUGAAAGAGAAGCAUCCCGAUUAGACAAAUUUAAGCAACUACUUGCUGGCCCAAACACAGAUCUUGAAGAGUUACGGAAGUUGAGUUGGUCUGGAAUUCCCAAACAAGUUCGUCCAAUCACAUGGAAGCUCCUCUCAGGUUACCUUCCUGCAAAUGUGGAUAGAAGAGAAGGCACUUUACAGAGAAAAAGGAAAGAAUAUUUUGCUUUUGUUCAACAAUAUUAUGACUCAAGAAAUGAUGAAAAUCACCAAGACACAUACAGACAGAUUCAUAUAGAUAUUCCCCGCAUGAGUCCUGAAGUUUUAAGGCUUCAAGCUAAAGUAACUGAGAUCUUUGAACGAAUUUUGUUUAUCUGGGCAAUACGGCAUCCAGCCAGUGGAUACGUUCAGGGAAUAAAUGAUCUAGUUACUCCUUUUUUUGUGGUCUUCAUUUGUGAAUAUAUAGAAGAAGAAGUGGAAAAUUUUGAUGUUUCCAGUCUGCCUGAAGAAGUGCUGCAGAACAUUGAAGCUGACAGUUAUUGGUGCAUGAGCAAGUUGCUUGAUGGCAUUCAGGACAACUAUACCUUUGCACAGCCAGGGAUUCAGAAGAAAGUGAAAAUGUUGGAAGAACUUAUUCGUCGGAUUGAUG